UCUUCACCCCCCUCCCCCCUCUCUCUAUCUAUAUAACCUUUACAUACAUCCCAUCCAUUUCAUAUAUCCAUCGUCUUCUUUCAUUUUAUUCACCACUCAAUUAAUAUUCCUUUCAUGCAUUUCCAUUCCCUCUCCAUCUCUCUUUACUCCUUAAUUAGAUACAUAUAGAGAGAGAGUGAGUGAUGGGAAGCGAUAAUUGUGGUGAGCAUCUUCACAAGUUUCACCCCUCUCACCAACUCUUUUUCAACAGGAAAUACCUUAGAGACCCCGAAAUUCCGCCGAGGAAGCUCCUCAGCCGCCGCCCCUCCGGCGAACCGGAAAUGCCGCACAUGGAAUCUCCGACCAAGAUGCAGCAGGAGGACACCCAGUUUCAGAAGUUCUUGCCGUACAACAACAGCGAUGACGACGACGAUGAUCCUUACUCGUCCGACAAUUUCCGCAUGUUUGAGUUCAAGGUGCGGCGGUGUACUAGGAGCCGGAGCCAUGAUUGGACGGACUGCCCGUUCGCGCACCCCGGCGAGAAGGCUCGCCGGAGGGAUCCCCGGAAGUACCAUUAUUCCGGGACGGUGUGCGCCGAGUUCCGGAAGGGGAGCUGUGUCCGAGGAGAUAACUGUGAGUUCGCCCAUGGAGUGUUCGAGUGCUGGCUCCACCCGACCCGUUACCGGACGGAGGCAUGCAAAGACGGCAAGAAUUGCAAACGGAAGGUUUGUUUCUUCGCCCACACUCCCCGGCAGCUCCGCGUCUUGCCGCCGGACUGCCACGACAAUAAUAAUUCUCCGAUCAACAUGAACCACUGCUGCGCGUGUUGUCACUCGCCCAAUUCCACUCUGAUGGCCAUUUCCCACAUGUCGCCGCCGGCAUCCCCGUCUCUCCCAUCCCCGGCGACAAAAGUCCCGUUUUCAAGAUUCGGCGGCCCCGAAAUGGAUAAUCAGUUCGAGCACAACCCCAAUUCCAUGACCGAACUGGUGAGCUCUCUUGAAUCCAUGAACCUUAAUGGAACUAACACCGCCGCCUAUUCUCAUCAUCAUCCCACAGUGAACCUAAUCAACAUGAAAAUCCCCGCCAUGGUUGAUCUGAACUUCAACAACCCCUCCGACGACCAGCCGCAGUUCAUUCUUUCCCCGUCAACCCCCAGCCCAAGCAAGAUCCUGACGGCCGCCGGCGCCACCACCAAGUACUACAACGACAGUGGGCUGCCGGGAAUUGAUCUCGGGUGGGUCAACGAUCUGCUGACCUAAUAAUAAAAACAAAGUUGAUCCGGACCACUGAUGAACAUUUAGGUGGUCCAGCUAAUGCAGAUGAAAAGUUGGUUGGACGUACAGGAUAAGGAAGAAGAUGAUUGCUGUAUAUAGAGAAGCAGCUAUCCCCAAGACGGCGAUGGACGGUGCAUCUCCUAUCUAUAUUUGUAUACAUCUAUCAUCAAAACCUCUGUGGGGCGAUGGUGAUGAUGAUUUAGAUUUAAUCAAUUAAUUAAUUAUGUCAUUGUUUUCCUAAUUUAAUGUCGGAUUAGGUUAUUGUCCAUUAUUAUAAGAUAAGAUUGGAUCAAAGGUAGUUUUUGGUCCUCCUGGGUUUGUGUUUUUUUUUUUAUGUGCUUCAUUUUCUCUGUAAUUUGUUCAUCUCCAAUGUCAUGCAUUUCCGUUAUAGCGGACUUUGUCUA